CCAUUUCGUGACAAUCACUCAUGAAGGCUUACUGUUCUCAGGUGUCGAGAUCAAUUGGUGAUGCUUACCUAAAGAAAACUGAGUUCAAUAGAGAGCCUUUGUUGCCGAAGUUCAGACUGUCUGAGCCGUUCCAGAAACCGAUCAUUGUAGCUGAGCCCUCAACACUUGUCCAAAAACUCCAUCCAGAAGAUCAGUUUCUUAUUUUUGCUUCAGAUGGCCUAUGGGAGCAUCUUAAUAAUCAAGAGGCUGUCAACAUUGUCAACUCGUGUCCACGCAAUGGCAUUGCAAGGAAACUUGUCAAAGCUGCACUGAAAGAAGCAGCAAAGAAAAGAGAAAUGAGAUAUUCUGACCUGAAAAAGAUUGACCGGGGAGUGAGGAGACAUUUUCAUGAUGACAUCACUGUAAUAGUUUUGUUUUUGGACUCUAAUUUGAUUAGUCACAGUUCCUUCCGUGGACCAAUCCUUUCAAUAAAAGGAGGUAUUUCUGGAGAUGCCAAUAUCUAGUACAGUGGGCCAUUGCGUUACCUGCUACUAAUUUCAAUUGGUUUAUUUUUGUUUGACAUUUUCACCGAAGAAAAGAGAAAUGUAUAGAAUCACUUUUGCUUUUGGGAUCUCACCUGCACUCGGUAAUGUUAAUGAUUAUGCCAGCCAGGAAGAUGCAUGGGGAAAACCCUGUUGAAAUUUUUUUGCAGAGUGGCAUAUGAACCAGGGGAAUUGAUGAGAAACAGAGUGACACUGAUUUAUUGUUCAAUUAAUAAAGAAUGCUCAAGAUUUUGCUGUUCCAGAUUCUUUAAAUGUUUUGUCCAGAUAAUUUGUAUACAUUCAGUCCAGAUAUUCUUGUUUUGCU